AAUCAUUUACCUAAAAAGUCUCUAAAUCAGCAACAAUUUCGGUUCAUCGUCACUCAAAAUUAUCCGUUUAAAAUAAUGCCGCUACUAAGGCGUUUGAACACGUUUUCGGUCAUACUAAUUACCUUGUUAAUUUCUUUAAAUGUUUGUAAAUCCUCGCUAAUUAUCGGCUGUGAUCCUGAGUUGUCAAUUUCAACCACUGCCGAUCAAUCUUACGAAGAGUAUCAAAAAGAAUUUGCGGAUGAAAUUGACGAUGUAAAUGACUACAUGCAAAUAGUGGCAGAUCAGCUAACUAAAGAUGGUAUAGUUGUCGUUCGAGCUGUAAGGACCACAAUUAAUGUUCCGGAAACUGCCGAUGAUUUGUUAACACGGGAUAACUUAGAUCAAGGAGCAAGUGACUGCGUAUUUGACCAGACAAAAUUCAAAAACGGUACUGAGUAUGCUGAUGUCGAAUUUGAAACAGAUCCAACGAUGAGUGGACUAACGCCCUCUGGUUUUGCAGAAGAAAAAUCUCCCUGGAAAACUGAAAAUUUGCCACAAAACGAUCCAAAUGAAGAAGUUACUCUCUAAUCAUCCAAGUGAUUCCGUUUUUUUUAUUAUUUAUUAAAUUUUCUCUUUUCAACUAAUAUACAUGUUUGCGUCGAUUACAGUAACACGACAUCGCACCGUGUAUCUUCUCUAUCGAUUAAUAACAGUUUUCAGUAGUAAUAAUAUGCAAUAAUAACGGUAAUAAUAGAUUUAUAACCGGGAAAAUAAAAGAUGCUCUUUCAACCUCAAGAUUAAUUAGAAGUAAAAAUUCACGAUACGUGACGAAGUAUUAUUUUUGUUUCAUCAUACAAAGCUUUUCGUUUUUACUUUUAAAUCUAUUUUAUUUAAAACGGUUUUUCCUGACUACAAAUCAAUCGAUUACAGCAAUCAGCGAAGCUCACAAUUUGAGCCCGUAUGAUACAUUGUUUCUUUUGCUUUUUUUUUUAGUCGGGCGAUGACAAUGGAACGUUGAAUGAUUCCCUGCUGGGCGUUUUAUUAAAGUUUAAAGGUUCAACUUUUAACUAUUGGUUUAUGGUUUAUGAUUUGGCGAGUGUUUCUGCCUUUGCUACAACCUCUUCAAUUGGUCCAACCAUAUAGAAGGCAACCUCUGGGAGGUGGUCGUAA